AGUAUUUCCAACAUUUUCUGUUUAUAUUUCAGAUUUUCAGCAUCUGUUGUAUUUAUACAGAGGAAUACUUACUGUUGAAAUGGGAAGACCUUGCUAAAGAGCAGGGUUAAUACAUAGGCUUCAGUUAUGUCAGCCUCUCCACACCAGCUGUCAGCCUCCAAACUGAUGCGUAACACAAAUUCCUGCUGUGGUUAAAAAUAGCUGAAGCAGUAAGGAUCACAGAAAUGGCUGCAAUGUCAGGUCCGUAUUUACGUUUCCACCACAUUCAUGGAACCAACGUGAGACUGGAUGAUUCUCAGACUCAGGCAACAAGAGCUGAGAGCUUCGGCAAUGGGGUUUGUUUCAGCAAAGAACCUUUGGAUCCUGACAAAAUUUUCCUUGUAGAAAUUGAAGAGAAAGAGUUAGGCUGGUGUGGUAAUGUAAGGAUUGGUUUGACAGCACACGAUCCAAGAAACCUAGAGUCAGUUCCCGAGUAUUCUCUCCCUGAUUUGGUAAACCUGGGGAGCAGUUGGGUUUUUGCAAUAACCAGGAAUCACAAUAAGGUCUCCACUGAUGAUCAGGAGUCCAGUCCUGCUCCAAUGCCACUCUGUUCCAUGGAGGCCUAUCUGCAAAUCGGAAAAUGUAAGAUCCCCAAGGACAAGCUGGUGGGAAGAAGCAGACCAGGAAGGUACAGUCACCUUUUGGAUCAACUGUAUAAGACUAAUGUUCUUCCUGCGACUGCCAGAGGAAGCAGGGUUGGGGUCUUGUAUAUCAUUCGUGCUAAUAUGGGGGAAAUGCACAUUGUCAUCAAUGGAGAGGACAUGGGUCCUUGUGCAAGAGGAAUCCCCACAAACCAGCCUCUUUAUGCUGUUGUGGAUGUGUUUGCUUCCACUAAGACUGUAAGGAUCAUACAAGUGGACUAUGGUCUUCCAUCUCUACAGACUCUGUGCCGUCAGCUUGUUCAGAGGUGCAUAAUGCAUAGACUGGCCAUCGACUGGCUAGACUUACCCAGCCCUUUAAAGAAUUACUGCAAAUAUGAAUGAUGAGGCCAUGUUGUUCGGAAAAAAUCUUUGAACUAGGCUUAUGAUGAAAACAGUAAAUCAUAUGGUUUCAUGUUAGCAUCCAUGUUACUUAUUCUUGUCUCACAGUUUCUUGUUCCACCCCUGUUUUGUAGUAAACUGUAAUGUAAGGUAUACUAAAAUUUGGAACAUGAAACAGAA